GGGCCGGGGAGGGGCUGGGAGGAAUAGGUCCUCCACCGUCCCGGCCGGCCCCGCGCUGGCGUGUCGCCUCCCUUCCGGCUAGCGGCACGCUGCGUGGCUGCUCGUUGGCUAUUUAGGACGGAAGCUCAGUUGGUGUUUCUCCAGAAGUUUCCCCUUUGGGCGGUGGUGGAGGUGGUAACUGCGAUAGUAGCAACUCCGGCGGCAGUAACAGUGACUACGAGGGAUGGCGGCGGCUGCAGCAGGAAGUGCAACAUCCCAGAGGUUUUUCCAGAGCUUCUCGGAUGCCCUAAUCGACGAGGACCCUCAGGCGGCGUUAGAGGAGCUAACUAAGGCUUUGGAAGAGAAACCAGAUGAUGCACAAUAUUAUUGUCAAAGAGCUUAUUGUCACAUUCUUCUUGGGAAUUACUGUGUUGCUGUUGCUGAUGCAAAGAAGUCUCUCAAACUCAAUCCAAAUAAUUCCACUGCUAUGUUGAGAAAAGGAAUAUGUGAAUACCAUGAAAAAAACUAUGCUGCUGCCCUAGAAACUUUUACAGAAGGACAAAAGUUAGAUAGUGCAGAUGCUAAUUUCAGUGUCUGGAUUAAAAGGUGUCAAGAAGCUCAGAAUGGCUCAGAAUCUGAGGUGUGGACUCAUCAGUCAAAAGUCAAGUAUGACUGGUAUCAAACCGAAUCUCAAGUAGUUAUUACACUUAUGAUCAAGAAUGUUCAGAAGAAUGAUGUAAAUGUGGAAUUUUCAGAAAAAGAGUUGUCUGCUUUGGUUAAACUUCCUUCUGGAGAGGAUUACAAUUUGAAACUGGAACUUCUUCAUCCUAUAAUACCAGAACAGAGCACAUUUAAAGUACUUUCAACAAAGAUUGAAAUUAAACUGAAAAAGCCAGAGGCUGUGAGAUGGGAAAAGCUAGAGGGGCAAGGAGAUGUGCCUACGCCAAAACAAUUCGUAACAGAUGUAAAGAACCUAUAUCCAUCAUCAUCUCCUUAUACAAGAAAUUGGGAUAAAUUGGUUGGUGAGAUCAAAGAAGAAGAAAAGAAUGAAAAGUUGGAGGGAGAUGCAGCUUUAAACAGAUUAUUUCAGCAGAUCUAUUCAGAUGGUUCUGAUGAAGUGAAACGUGCCAUGAACAAAUCCUUUAUGGAGUCGGGUGGUACAGUUUUGAGUACCAACUGGUCUGAUGUAGGUAAAAGGAAAGUUGAAAUCAACCCUCCAGAUGAUAUGGAAUGGAAAAAGUACUAAAUAAAUUAAUUUGCUCUCACUGUAUUAUGUAUAUUCACCUAAUGCCCGUUGUGUAUUGAUAUUGCAUUCUUGAAUUUUGAACACUGAAUAUCUUUUUGAAAGAUUAUACCUCUUUACCUCUUUGUGCUUUAGAAAUUGUUUUCCUUCAAGUGUUCAAGUCUAAUGAAGAAUGAAGAUAACAUUUUAUCACUUCUGUCCUUAAAGAUUUCAGACAUGGUGAAACUGAAUAAAGCGUAUCACUUACUCCUA